GCGAAAAUAAUACGACGCAAAACAGGUUAAGAAGAUGUAGCAGUGAAAUUAUCUCUCAGUUCACUUUUUGUCAUUUCUAUAUGAUAAGUUUAUAUUUUUUAGAAAUAAAAAAAGAUGGGGGAAAUGAAAAUUAAUACUUACGAUAGUAUUAAAUCGGAACAAAAAUAUAACAAAGUAGUAAAGCACAUUCAGGAUAAAUGGAAACUUGUACCUGCUUUUCUGCAAGGAAAAGGACUUGUCAAACAGCACAUUGAUUCUUUUAAUUAUUUCAUAAAUGUGGAGAUCAAGAAAAUUGUAAAAGCAAAUGAGAAAGUACUUAGUGAUGCUGAUCCUUUGUUUUAUGUAAAAUAUUUAAAUGUUCAUGUUGGUUCACCUGAUGUCGAAGAAGGUUUUAAUGUAACACGUUCUACUACUCCACAUGAAUGCCGUUUAAGAGAUUUAAAUUAUUCUGCUCCGAUUACUGUUGAUAUUGAGUAUAUAAGAGGUCACCAACCAAUAAUUAGAAAUAAUUUAUUAAUUGGAAGAAUGCCUAUUAUGUUGAGAAGCUCAAAUUGUGUAUUAACUGGGAAAUCUCAUUUCGAAUUGGCAAAAAUGAACGAAUGUCCACAUGAUCCUGGUGGUUAUUUUAUAAUAAAUGGCCAGGAGAAAGUAAUUCUAAUACAAGAACAAAUGCUUAGAAACAGAAUUAUUUUAGAAGAGGACAGUAAAGGUCAUAUUGUAGCAUCUUGUAACAGUUCUACUCAUGAAAGAAAAACUAAAACUAACAUAGUAGGUAGAGGAGGAAGGUAUUAUAUGAGGCAUAACAUUUUUCAAGAUGAUAUACCCGUGACAAUAAUAUUUAAAGCAAUGGGAAUUGUGAGUGAUCAAGAGAUUAUGCAACUAAUUGGUACAGAGGAAGAAUUUAUGAAAAAAUUUGCACCCAGCUUAGAAGAAUGUCAUGUUCUAAAUGUGUUUGCUCAAAAUCAAGCAUUAAGGUUCCUCAGUAAUAAGAGGAAACAGAAAAGAUUUUCCGUCAUAAAAUCUAGCGUCACGGACGAAAUGAAGGAUACAUUAGCAACCAAUGUUUUAUCUCAUGUUCCUGUUGUAGAUUUUAAUUUUAAAAUGAAAGCAACUUAUAUUGCUUUAAUGAUUCGUAGAGUUAUGAAAGCACAGUCUGAUGGAAAGCUUGUUGAUGAUAGAGAUUAUUAUGGUAAUAAGCGAUUAGAACUAGCUGGGUCUUUGCUAUCUUUGAUGUUUGAAGAUUUAUUUAAAAGAUUUAAUUGGGAGUUAAAGCAAAUUGCUGAUAAAAAUAUACCGAAAAUUAAAGCUGCACAAUUUGACAUUGUAAAACAUAUGAGACAAGACCAAAUUACCAAUGGACUAGCUUUUGCCAUAUCAUCUGGCAAUUGGACCAUUAAACGAUUUAAAAUGGAACGUCAUGGAGUUACUCAAGUCUUAUCUAGACUUUCUUAUAUUUCGGCACUUGGUAUGAUGACGCGAGUUAAUUCACAGUUUGAAAAAACUAGGAAAGUAUCCGGCCCUCGAUCUUUGCAACCAUCACAAUGGGGUAUGUUGUGUCCCAGUGAUACUCCUGAAGGUGAAGGUUGUGGUUUAGUAAAAAAUUUGGCUCUUAUGACACAUAUUACUACAGAAAUUGAUGAAGAACCAAUUAUUAGAUUAGCAUUUAACUUAGGAGUAGAAAAUGUUAAUAUACUUGGCGGAGAAGAAAUCAAUAAUAGAUACGUUUACAUGGUAUUUUUAAAUGGUAAUAUUCUGGGUGUAGUGAAGAACUACCAGAGACUAGUAAAUGUUUUCAGGUUACUGCGUAGAAAAGGUCUCAUAAAUGGUUUCGUUUCUAUAUACACACAACACCAACAUAGAUGUAUUCAAAUUAGUUCCGACGGAGGACGACUGUGCAGACCCUAUAUUAUUGUACAGAAUGGUGAACCUCUUGUACAAGAUGAGCAUAUAAAGUUCCUUGAACAAGGAGUACGAAUUUUCGAAGAUUUCUUACAAGACGGUUUCAUAGAAUAUUUAGAUGUAAAUGAAGAGAAUGAUAGUUCCAUUGCAUUUAACGAAACGCAAAUUAGUGAAAAGACAACGCAUUUGGAAAUCGAACCAUUUACAUUACUUGGAGUUUGCGCUGGUUUAGUACCAUAUCCGCAUCAUAAUCAAAGUCCAAGAAAUACGUAUCAAUGUGCUAUGGGAAAACAAGCAAUGGGAACUAUUGGUUAUAAUCAGCGCAAUCGGAUUGACACGUUGAUGUACAAUUUAGUCUAUCCCCAAGCACCGAUGGUAAAAUCCAGAACAAUAGAAUUGAUAAAUUUUGAUAAACUACCUGCUGGUCAAAAUGCAACAGUAGCCGUUAUGUCUUAUAGUGGUUACGAUAUUGAAGAUGCUCUUAUUUUAAAUAAAGCCUCAAUUGAUAGAGGAUUUGGAAGAUGUUUGAUAUAUCGAAACGCGAAAUGUACAUUAAAAAGAUACGCUAAUCAGACAUAUGAUCGGAUAAUGGGUCCAUUGAUUGAUUCUAAUACAAAGAAAUCUGUUUGGAAACAUGAAAUAAUCGAUAGCGAUGGAAUUGCUGCACCUGGAGAAAUGGUGGAGAAUAGAAAGGUAAUGGUAAAUAAAUCAUCGCCUGCCGCAAAUAUCGGUCCAGUAAAUUCUGGUAACGUUCAAACACAAACAGAAUACAAAGAUGUACCAGUUGUUUUUAAAGGUCCUGUUCCUGCUUAUGUUGAAAAAGUGAUGAUUUCCAGCAAUGCAGAGGAUGCAUUUCUAAUUAAAUUAUUAUUAAGACAAACUCGCAGGCCUGAGAUAGGUGAUAAAUUUAGCAGUCGCCACGGGCAGAAGGGUGUAACUGGAUUAAUUGUGGAAGAGCAAGACAUGCCGUUUAACGAUUUUGGCAUUUGUCCUGACAUGAUUAUGAAUCCGCACGGUUUUCCUUCGCGUAUGACAGUCGGGAAAUUAAUAGAAUUGCUUGCUGGAAAAGCUGGUGUUAUAAAAGGAGAAUUUCAUUACGGCACAGCAUUUGGAGGUUCAAAAGUUGAGGAUGUCUGUGAAAUAUUGGUGAAGCAUGGUUUCAAUUACUUGGGCAAAGAUUUCUUUUACUCUGGUAUUACAGGGGAACCAUUGCAAGCGUAUAUAUAUUCUGGACCAGUGUAUUAUCAAAAACUAAAACAUAUGGUACAAGAUAAAAUGCAUGCUCGUGCUCGAGGACCGAGAGCUGUAUUAACGCGUCAACCAACAGAAGGUCGUGCCAAAGAGGGAGGUUUACGAUUAGGUGAAAUGGAGCGAGAUUGUUUAAUUGGAUAUGGUGCUAGUAUGAUGUUGAUAGAGAGACUCAUGAUAUCCAGUGAUACAUUCGAUGUUGAUGUAUGCAAUAAAUGCGGUUUGAUGGCAUAUAGUGGAUGGUGUCACAGUUGCCGUUCCAGUUCGUGUGUUUCUACAAUUUCCAUGCCCUACGCUUGCAAAUUACUUUUCCAAGAACUUCAGUCGAUGAAUAUCGUACCUCGUUUAACAUUAAAAAACUAUUGCGAAUAA